AUACUAUUUACUUACCCUUCUCUGUUCUCUUCCCUCCUAUAAACCACUUCUCUUCCUUGUUCUCAACAACAACUCAGUUCCUUUAUAUUUCUUUCUAAAUCUCAAUUUCCCCUCUCAAAUCCCUAUUCCCCCUUUCAAAUCCCAGAACCCUUUCUGCAUAAAAAUUUAAUCUUUUUCUCCAUUUAUAGGGACCCAUCUUCUCAGUGUUCACUUCAAGAUUCAGACGCGCUUUCCGUUGCUCAAUUCUCUCUCUUUCUUCUCGGUGGGUGUUUUCUCCCUUAUCAAAUGCUUCACCCUCUGGGGCUUCGAUUUCGCAAAUUGAUUUCAAUGAGCACCGUUUUGGCGUAGCCCAGAAAACCUAGGUGGCUAGGGCUCUUCCAAUUUUCGUGGGUUUUGCAGCAAAAUUUAAUUUUUUCCGUUGAAAAAGUGAUUCUUGACCAACUGGGCAUGGUGGGCAACGACGAAGCGUGCCCAAUCUCCGCUUCCCGGAAAAUGUUCUGGCGGUCGGCGUCGUGGUCCUCUUCCCGCUCCGCCGCCGCCGGAAACAACCCUUCCGGCGAGGCUGCAAAGGGUUUUGCUGAUCCCGAUUCCGGCGCCGACGCUGCGAACGGGCAGAAUCGGCGGUUUCCUCCGCCACCAUUGACCCCUCGAUCGCAGCAAAAUUGCAAGGCUCGGUCGUGUUUGCCGCCGCUGCAGCCCCUUUCCAUCGCUCGCCGGAGCUUGGACGAGUGGCCGAAGGCGAGCUCGGACGACAUAGGUGAGUGGCCGCAGCCACCCACCACCCCCGGUGGGAGAGGUAAUGGUAGUAAUGGUGAAAGGUUGAAACUUGAUUUGUCUUCAAUUCAGCAGAACCCUGAUCAUAAGAACAAUAAUGGUGGGCUUGUGAAGAGGGAUAAAAUUGCUUUUUUUGAUAAGGAAUGUUCAAAGGUUGCUGAUCAUGUGUAUCUUGGUGGUGAUGCUGUUGCUAGGGACAGGGAUAUUUUGAAACAGAAUGGUAUCACUCAUGUCUUGAAUUGUGUGGGUUUUGUGUGUCCUGAGUACUUUAAGGCUGAUUUUGUGUAUAGGACAUUGUGGCUGCAGGAUAGUCCCUCUGAGGAUAUUACUAGUAUUUUGUAUGAUGUGUUUGAUUACUUUGAGGAUGUCAGGGAAAAAAGUGGGAGGGUGUUUGUACACUGUUGUCAAGGGGUGUCUAGGUCUACCUCUUUAGUGAUUGCUUACCUUAUGUGGAGGGAAGGUCAGAGUUUUGAUGAUGCUUUUCAGUUUGUGAAGGCGGCGAGAGGGAUUGCGGAUCCGAAUAUGGGUUUUGCUUGCCAGUUGUUACAGUGCCAGAAAAGGGUUCAUGCGUUCCCUCUAAGCCCUAGCUCUUUGCUGAGGAUGUACAGAAUUGCUCCUCACUCACCGUAUGAUCCUUUGCAUCUUGUUCCCAAAAUGUUGACGGACCCUUCCUCGUCUGCUCUGGAUUCCAGGGGUGCAUUUAUUAUACACAUUCCUUCUGCUAUAUAUGUUUGGAUUGGUAAGAGUUGUGAGACCAUCAUGGAAAGGGAUGCCAGAGGGGCUGUGGGCCAGAUUGUUCGUUAUGAAAAAGUACAAGGACCUAUAGUAGUGAUUAGGGAAGGCGAGGAACCGCCUUAUUUUUGGGACGCUUUCUCAAAUUUUUUGCCUUUGAUGGACAAAUCCGGCAAUAGAGUAGAAAAUAGCAAAUCAAGUUUUAAAAUUGUGCCUGGUGAGAGGAAAGUGGAUGCAUAUGAUGUUGAUUUUGAAGUUUUCAAAAAAGCAAUCAUUGGAGGUUUUGUGCCUCCAUUUGCGUCAUCAGAGGAUGAACAUGAAACCCAUCUUCCUGCAAGAGAGAGUAGUUGGAGUGUUUUAAGGCGUAAAAAUUCGUCUCCUAGUAUGAAGGAGUUUGUCUCAGCCCCUAAGUUAUCCUUUCCCAGGGUCUUUUCAGAUUCCAUGUUGUGUAUUCAUACAUCAGCAAAGUCAUCACCAUCUCCAUCGCUGUCGUCAUCAUCAUCAUCUUUAUCAUCAUCUUCUUCACCAUCUUAUGUCUCUCCAGAUUCAAUUUCUUCUGAUUCUAGCACUCAUUCAAAGUUUUUGUCAGAAUUGUCCUUGGAUUCUUCAGCUGCAGUUUUGACUUCUGUAUCUUCACCUUUGUCUAAUUUUUCUAAUUUAUCUCUGUCAUCAAAUUCUAGUUCUCCAACAGUGUCUAACACUAUAGAUAUCCAUCGUUUCAAGUUAUCAGAUCCUCAUUCUCUGUCAGCCUCUUUAUCAUUGAAAAAACCAUCAACUUCCCUUGCUGAACGCAGAGGGAGUCUGUCAAAAUCUUUAAAGCUGCCGGUAAUGAAUGAUAAGACACAAGUAAUAGAUAAACCUUUGGCUCUUCAUGCUAGUCGACAACAUGGUGUUGUUAAUGGCGAUGUUAGCUAUUUGCAACAAUCAGAUAAUAUAGAUUAUUUAUGUGAGUCUAACAACCGAGCCAAGGAUGGAGGUGUGAAUUCAAUUCAACAGUGUAAGCUGGCAUUAUGUCCAACCAUUGUUGAUAGUGUGCACUGCAAGGAAUCGUCACUUGUCAGGAACUGUGUUGAGCCUUCGAUAGAUAGUUUCCCAAGAGAAGACUUAAAUUCUACAUCAUCAAAGGGAACUAAUGAGAGUGGCUCAUUGCAGUAUAGUGUGACACAAGCUUCGGUAUAUCUCUGGCCCAGUUUAGAAAAGCUUGAGACAUUUGGUGCAAGUCAUUUGGAUUCUAAAGCUGCUUUUGUCAUAUUAUCUCCAAGUAUGCCUGUACAUGCAGGAAACAUUUUAUAUUUUUGGGUAGGGAGGUCUUUCAAUUGUGACACCUCAAAGGCUCCCUUUGAUAGUGAUAGACAGUCAGAUUUUCUAGGAGCUGUUGACUGGAAUCGAAUUGGUUGUGAUCUCCUUGCUCGGUUUAGUUUGUUGAAGAAUACAGUCAUCAAGAUUGUUAAAGAGAAUGAAGAACCUCCAGAGUUCCUUGCUUUGCUGAGUUCAUUGUAGCACAGAAGAUAGAAUCCUGAGUUCAAGUAACUUCCAUAACCUUUGGUGCAUCUGCAGUUGUCUCUAUCUAUGGCAAUUUUCCCGGCUCUAAUUUGAUCUCCCUGCAAAGAAGAAAUCCAGUGAGGUAAUGAAUGGCAUCCUAGUAGUUACAAUUACAUGCUCAGAGCAUUAGUUUAUAUUUAUACUGGUUAAUCUUGACUAAGUUAUGAUGGUAAUAAUUUAUCUUUAUAUACCUAUAGUUUGUAUUAAAUGUUUUUAACAUGUGUAUGUGCUCAUAUUCUUUUCUAUGUUUUUCUCUAGUCUUGACAUCUUCUCUUUGAAGAGUGUUGCAAUCAUUCUGUGAUUUUUAUGUCUCUCUGCACCAUGAAAACCAUGACAAAAAAGUAUUACCAACAAGAUUUUGCACUUGCAGAUAACCCUUAAUAAAAGUAACUAUCAGAACUAACCAUUUUGGACUCGUUUAAAAACAUGCAUGAAUAGAAAUUCAAAUAGGGUAACUUGGAACGUGGGCUAUACAUGUGCUAUACCUUCAACUAUUCUUCUAUGCUCAUGCCACCUAAAACUGAGUUUUGUUGUAUGUUACUUGUUUGCAGGAGGUUGCCCCAUGCCAAGUCAAUUAUAGCUCGGCUGAUUGUACAGUGCUUUAACAUCCUCUCUACCUAGAAAUUUAUGUUCAAAUACUGAAAUUUCUUUCAUAUUCUCAUGUUAUUUAAAAAGUAUAAAACCGAUUUCUUUUUAGCUCUCUCUCUCUCUC